AGCGGCUAUUGGGAUCAGAUCAGGCCGCGCCCGCGACAGCACGGAGCGCCCUGGCCCGCAGCCGCCGCUCCGGAUCCAAUCCCCCCCGCCGAGCGCGCCCAGCCGCCAAGAGGCACGAUUCGGGUCGCGCGCGCGCGCCCAUGGAUGGCAGGCUGCUCUCGAAGCUCGACCAGGUGAGUGGGCGACGGAGAAAAACGGGACGGCUGCGCGGACACUCGCGCGUAAGCUUUCGCGUGAUGCCGCGCGUAAGCGCCAUCUGCUCCACUCGCUGUGCCAAGCUGGCGACCCGGGUAAGCCGCGGCGUAGGUUCGCUGUGGCUUUCCGCGUAAUUCUGAUGAGAUCCUGCGUUGCGCAAGGACUGCAACAUAGAGAAACAUCUCGACCAGAGCCCUAGACCCGUCGGGGUAGGUUUCGCAUGUGAGCCCCUAGUCUGGGAGUCGACGAGAUAGCGCCGAACUAGCGUCGGCUAGCUCCGAUGAUCGUCGAUUCGCAAGAGCCGACAAGAUGGUAUGGGAGGCUCCCAUGAGUUGCCACCGAGUGUUUCGAGCUGGACCGAUCUGUCCCGGGGUGCGAAUCACGGAGCAAUCGCCCGUCAUGAAGAAAUGCGACGCCCAUAUCUCAAGGAAGGCCCGCUCCUUUUCGUCGAUCAGGUGCACUCGUUCCUCUGGAAGGACCUGGACGAGCGGAGCGAGACGUACAGCUGCACGGUCCCCGGCUUCCAGGGGCGCGUGGCCGUGAAGGUGUUCGGCAGUACGACCCAGCGGGGCUCCGAGACGGCGCAGGUGCUGAAGGACCUCGACCACCCGAACCUGAUCCGCUUGUUGCACGUCCUCUCGCUCAGCCCUUUGUGCCUCGUGCUCGAGCUGUGCCAGGGCGGCUCUCUGCACACGCUGCUCCACGAGGCCAGCAGCACGAGCGCCAGCGAGUUCAGUGUGGAUCAGCGCCUGCGGGCGGUUGCUCAAGCUGUCUCCGGCGUGGCGUAUUUGCACGGGAAGGACAUCGUCCACUCUGCCGUGAGGCCCAACAACAUCUUUCUCUCGCGCCCCGUGAGCCGAGGGCCUGAGGGCAUCAUCAUGCCGCAGGUGAUCCUGGGCGACCUAGGCCUGGCCCGCUUCCUGGCUCCUGAGGACAACGAGUCCAGCCUCUCCCUCGGCAUCCUGCGCUACACGGCACCAGAAGUGAUCCUGCGAGCCUCACACGAGCCCCUCUCAGAUGUAUACUCAUGCAGUGUGAUGAUGCACGAGGUGUUGACAGCUAGCCUCCCGUUCAGCGACCUGAACAUCCCAAGCCAUAUACUAGUAUUGAAGGUCUGUGCUGGCUUACGGCCGAAUCUCAACUUAUUACCCGAAUGUGGCGCAGCCAAACCACAAAUUGCGAGCAUUUUAGCUUCGGCAUGGGAAGAGGACCUUCACAGCAGGACGACAUCAGAAGAGCUCGAGCACUCUCUCUUUGAGUUAAUCCACCAGCGUUGGCAAUCUAGUCCGGCAGUGGGGGCCUGAACAGCAUGGAGACCGAUGAAGCCCAUGGCAUCGUCUCGCUCGCCUACCUCCCACCCCCGCGGACUUCACAUUCUGCCAUCGUCUCCGCGUCGGCCUCGUGCGCGUCUCAGAUCCCUUGCCAGUUGGCACGACUACGUAAGAAUUGUGGCCAGCAUGCUGUGUGCAGGUAUGUGAGUGAAUAUCACCACGAGCCGAUUGUGUUUCGCCCUGGCUAGCGACAGCGAUUUUCAUUGAUCGAUCGGCUCCGUUGAGCCAUUUUUUCGACACGGCACUUACAGUUAGCGCGACAUUUGCGAAUCCGCUGCCAUUUGGGAGAACGAUGGAUGAUUGAGGAUAGUUUAGGCGGACCGAGGAGGAGUGCUGCAUGCGACAACAGAGGCACCGAUCGCCGCGAUGGGUACGAGCACGGCAGAGGGGCAGUGCGAAUGUUCUCGGCAAGCACAGGAUGGGUACAUGCCCAUUCGGUUGGAUUGUUCUGCGUGCAUGUUGGUAGGAGCGCAUGGCAAGCAUCCUGCAACCUCUUGGUUCUGCCUUGACCAUGCUAUACCCCAGCAGUCCGCAUGCAGUUGCAGUAUCCUCAACGGCUGGCCGUGAAGCCGUUCAGCUAAUUCACAGCCUGAAGGCAGCAUAUUAUGUUCUAGAUCCGACUUCCGGUCUGUCCUUGAAACGGACAGUGGGGCAUCGCGUUUGUUCAGUCUGUUAUAUCUAAGCAUGUUGAUUUGGCUGCUUCCGAAAAGCGUGCGCUCCGAUUUUAAUAAUUCCAGUGCUGCGACCUUGAGUUUUCAUUUUACUUUGAAGCGUGCUGGAGUUGCUGCCCCAGGCUUGGCCUGGUAAGCGGGCGCGCUGCUUUCCCUAUCGCUACAUGCUACCUUUGCUGUCAGCGCCGCAUUUUCUCCUUCUAGUCUCUGCUUCUCUUUUUUCCACCGAGCUCUGAACAAAUAGAGGGCAGGGUCGCGAGAUCGCGUUCGCAGGGAAGCCCCACGUGGCUUCGCCGGGCACAGGAUGUUGCGAUCACCCGUUAGGUGCAGGCGCAAAGUCAGCGAGUGAAUCGUGAAGAUGGACCUUCACAGUGGCCAUCCCAGAGCUCAAGCGUUUCUUGAGCCAGUCAGCGAAGAUCUGGCACUUGUGCCUGUACUGCGGUUACUACUGCGUGGCUUGGGUCUUCGUCGCGCCGCCUCAACGUCAAUUUGAAGAGCGCUUGAGCUGCAAGAUUGUAUGACAGGGCUCGACCAAACGGUGUUUUGGAUGGUUGGGAAAACAUUGCUUUGGUCGAGACCUGUGGCCUGUGGCAUGACACGUGCUCGGCCUCGCCAGCUUGGCAUCCCACUGGUCGAUAAAGUCAAGGCCGCUAUACUGCAUCUUUGGCGUCUACUGUGUGAAUCCCUUGAGGGACGCAUGCGGGCCACAGGGUGCGUGGACAUCGCGUGAGAACGGCGACGGGUAAGUGAAAAUGAAGGUGCGAACGUCCACCGCGAGAGCUGAUGGCGGUGAGCGGUGCUGUCCAGACUUGCAUGUCGCGGGGCCGCGCGCCAUUCUCCGGCUGCGGUGCACCGCGGUCCGCGUAGCGCGCUGACAUUCGCUCACAGUUGCCGCCUUGAGCGUUGUCUUCAGGCGCUGCGGUGCGGGCGGUCGUGCCUCUGUAUGAGUGUUCCUCCUCCUCCUCAUCCUCCUCCUCCUCCUCCUCCUCCUC